UCAUAACCUGUCUCCUCCUGAGCAGCUUGCCAGCUCCACUAAAUGGAUCCAACCAACAGCAAGAUUCCUGAGCCUUGUAUAAGUAGCGCCUCCUCAGCUACCGAAAAUCAAUCGCAACUCAAUCAGAUCUCUCUCUGUUCCUAAACUAGUUUCUGAAAGCACAAAAAUGGCUUCUAGUGUGUUCAAAUCCCAUUUCGUUUUACGACUUGUUUUGGUUUUCUCUCUCUUGCACAUGUCCUUCGGGACGAGAAAACUCACUGGGCUGUGGCAAGAGUCUACAAUAUUGAAUUACCACAAUGGUCCUCUUCUUUACGGCGAUGUAAAGAUCGACAUUGUUUGGUACGGCGAAUUCAGCACUUCCCAACGCGCGAUCAUCUGCGAUUUCAUCACCUCCUUCUCUUCUCCUGCCCAAAGCGAACCAUCGGUCGCCACAUGGUUCGCGACCGUCAACAAAUACUACCCACUCACCGAGGGGCGGAUCCCCUCCUCCGUGUCGAUCUCUCUGGGUAAUCAACAACAUGACAAGAAGUACUCGCACGGAAAAUCGCUCACGCAGGAUCAGAUCAAACAAAUGGCAUUGGCGGCAAGGGGACAUCAAACCAAUGUCAUUGUCGUUGUUUUGACUUCCGCUGAUGUAACUGUCCAAGAGUUCUGUAUGAUCUGCGGGACCCACGGGUCUUCUGGUAACGAUUUUGUGUACAUCUGGGUUGGUAACUCGGAGACUCAGUGUCCGGGUCAAUGCGCUUGGCCAUUCCAUCAGCCCCUUUAUGGCCCACAGGUUCCGCCUCUGAUUCCACCCAACGAUGACAUGGGUACCGACGGAAUGGUGAUUAAUAUAGGUCGCUUAAUUAUUGGGGCCAUCACGAACCCCUACGGAAAUGGGAUCUACCAGGGUGUAGCCAAUGCACCACUGGAGGCAUGUACGGCUUGUCCAGGGAUUUAUGGCCCGGGAGCCUACCCGGGAUACCCUGGGCAACUCUUGGUGGAUACCGCAACGGGUUGCAGCCACAAUACGUAUGGGGCUAGUGGCAGGAAGUACUUGGUUCCGGCCAUGUUUGAUCCUACAACGUCGGCUUGUUCGACGUUGGUGUGAGAGUUGAGGGAACAAAACUAGAUGUCAUGCAGGAGCUUAAUUACCAGCAAUGCACAUCAUGAAUAAUGUUCCAACUUGUUCAUAUUUUAUUCCUUUAUGGUUUCGAGGUUGUGAAAAUAUACGAGCAAAUUGAUUUGGUUUGCUUUUCCAUGAGAUCG